AUGUUCAUCCAGUGGCUAAAACACCUCCUGCUCCUGGCCAUCCUGGUCAACUUGGCCGGUGCAAGGCAGAAUCACAUUUCGUUGGACAUGAAGAAGAGCUCCAACCUGAUGGUCAAGAUGAGCGAGAUCCUCUGCAAGGCUCGAAUCAAAGUCCUGUUCGUCUACUUCGAGAAUAAAACCUUCCACGAGCACACGGGUCAGAUACUCAGAGAGGUGACCAAGUGCGACAUAUCAUACAUAGCUCUGAGGAAUCAAAAUAGUCCCCUGGAGGCGGUCAAGGAUGAUGGCAUACUCAUGUACAUGGUGAUGAUCAUCACAAACAUAUCACAGCCAUUGGAGCUUUCACUUAUCCGGAAGAAAUCGGCUGCCAAGCACCGAUCGCAUGUUUUCCUCUUGGUCAGAGAUUCGGAUACCGUUUCCGAUGCUUGGAUGCGGGCCAGCUUCCGGCAAUUCUGGAAGCUAUGGCUACUGAACAUCGUGAUCCUCUACUGGCGAGAUGGACGACUAAAUGCCUAUCGGUACAACCCGUUUAUGGACAACUAUCUGAUACCAGUGGACAAUAGGCCACAUGAUGUUCCAACUUUAGAGCAGCUUUUCCCAAAGGCCAUACCCAAUAUGCAGCGGAAACCCCUGAGGAUGUGCAUCUACAAGGACGAUGUGAGGGCAAUCUUCUCCAGGCAGGGAAUUAUCCUUGGGACCGAUGGCCUGCUGGCGGCCUAUGUGGCUGAGCGACUGAACGCGACCAUGAUGAUAACGCGUCCGCACUCGUACAACAACCACAAUCUCAGCUCGGACAUAUGUUUCCUUGAGGUGGCCAAGGAGUACGUGGAUGUGUCCAUGAACAUCCGUUUCUUGGUGCCGGACACCUUCAAGAAACUGGCGGAGAGUACGGUAUCCCACACGCGGGAUGAUCUUUGCGUGAUUGUCCCCAAAGCCAAGACUGCUCCCACUUUCUGGAACAUAUUUCGUUCGUUUGGCUCAUUAGUUUGGGUUUUAAUUCUGGUUUCUGUUCUGGUGGCGAAUGUAUUCUGCUACAUCCUGAAAACUGGAGUGGGUCGGGUUCCCAUGGAACUUUUCGCCGGAGCUUUGACUAUGCCCAUGACCCGGAUUCCGCUGAACCAUGCGCUUCGAUUGUUCCUGAUAUUCUGGCUUUACUUUGGACUGCUCAUUUGCUCGGCUUUCAAGGGAAAUCUGACCAGCAUGAUGGUGUUCCAGCCUUAUCUGCCGGAUAUAAACCAAUUGGGUGCGUUGGCCAGGUCCCACUAUCACAUCAUCAUUCGUCCGAGGCACGUAAAACACAUCCAGCACUUCCUGUCCCUGGGCCACCAGCACGAGUCCAGAAUUCGGGAACAGAUGCUAGAAGUUUCCGACACCCAGAUGUACGAAAUGAUGAGGAACAAUGACAUAAGAUUUGCCUAUUUGGAGAAGUAUCACAUCGCCCGUUUCCAGGUGAACAGUCGUGUGCACAUGCACCUGGGUCGUCCGUUUUUCCACCUGAUGAACAGCUGCCUGGUGCCGUUUCAUGCCGUCUAUAUCGUUCCCUACGGCUCACCCUACUUGGGUUUCCUGGACUCGCUGAUCCGGAGCUCGCAUGAGUUUGGCUUCGAGCGAUACUGGGAUCGCAUCAUGAACUCCGCCUUUAUUAAGUCGGGAAUAAAGGUGGUAAACCGUCGACGCGGGAGCGGCAAUGAUGAACCGGUGGUUCUCAAACUGCAGCAUUUCCACGCCGUAUUCGCUCUGUGGCUGGUGGGGAUCGGGAUGGCAUGCAUUGUGCUGGCCUGGGAGCACUUGACCCACAACUACAAUUUGGCGGUAACAAAGCGGCGGCACUAACUAUCGCAUGCAACAUGCAAUGUGAUGUGGAUGUGGAUGAUUGUGGUGAU